UCAAUUUUUUUCGUUGAUGACACCGACAACAACAAGCUAAAUAAUAAUAAUGGCCAUAAUUGCAUUCCACAAGAGAAUAUUUUAAACAUGGCAUUCACCAUUGGUAUAUUCUCGAUGGGUUUCACAUCAUUUGCAUGGGGUUUUUUACUUGAAUCCAAAGGAUUACGUUUUGUACGAAUGGCACUCAAUUUUCUCAUUAGUCUAGGAUGUUUUUUGCUUUCGAUAACCGAUUCAGAAUCGUCCAUGCAGAUCAUUCCGGCCAUUAUUAUUUUAGGUUUGGUGGGCGUUCCAUUACGUAUUGCAAAUAUGCAAAUUGCAGAUUUUUUCCCAUUGAAACGAUCAACAAUAAUAACAUUGUUUAGUGGUGCAUUCAGUGCUUCACCGGUAAUAUUUGUAUUGAUAAAAUAUGGCUACGAUAAUUGGUCAUUGAGUUAUUUUUGGGCUACAUUCACUUUGUUCAUAACAAGCAUUACGUUGUUACCAAUGAAUACAUUUUGUUUACCACGAUUAUCGGUUCGUACACGUGAAAAAGCAUUGUUGAAACGAUUUGAUGAAUAUCGAAUGAAAAUUGAAGCCCUAGAUAUGGAAAUGAACAAAAAGAAACCACAUUUUAUUAAUCGUAAAAUGAUUAAAACCGUUUCCGAUCGUAUCGAUGAACAAGAAUCCGGUAAAUUAUUGAUUCAAUCAAUCGAUGGUAAUAAUAAUAGCGAUAACGACAACAACAACAACAACAACAACAGCAAAAACGGUACAAGUAACAAUUCAAAAAAGCCUAUAAUUGUCAAUUUUAGCCAAUAUCAACGAGAAAAAGAAGCUGCCCGUAAACCGGGACUAAUUAAACGGAUAUUUAAACCGGUAAAAGUAUCCAGUGAAGAAAAUGAACUACCACUUCGUGUAUCAUUACUGUCUGUUUCAUUUCUAAUGCAUCAAGUUUGGUUUUCAUGGAUCAAUACCUAUAUGGUUCUUUAUUCUGGAUCGAUGGCAUUAUGGUUGGAUCGUGUUACCGAUGAUGACCGCGAAAAAGGUCUAUUCACACAGACAUUUGGUUUGGUUCAAGUGAGUGCAUUGAUUAUAGCACCAAUUGCUGGCGAUGUUCUUGAUCGAAUAGUGAGACGAGCUAAAGACGUUGAUGAUGGUAAUCGUCGUCGUUUGUUACAAGCACAAUCAGGUUUUGGUCCAAUUCUGUUCACUACGCUAACAUUGCUUGGAGCGGUAAUUUGUAGAUUUUUCGACACAUCAAUAGCCGUUUAUACAUCAAUCGUAUUCAUUACCAUAUUACGUGCCUUAUUCAUUGCUGUUGCAUCCGCUUAUCUACGAGUACGAUAUCCGGCUUGUCAUUUUAAUCGACUAAAUGGUAUCAUGUGUACUAUUGGUGCAUUUUUUUCACUAUUACAAUUCCCGUUAUUUUAUUUUGAAUCAAAAUCUGAUUUAGGAGCAUUUCAGGUGAAUUUAGUUUGUGCCAUAUUAACCGUUUUAUGUUUAUUGAAUCCAUUAAGUUUACGUAUUGGUCAUUUGCAACAAUAUCUCAUCAAUAAAGAACAAAAUUAUGGACAAAGUUUGAUGAUGAAAUCCACAAAAUCAUCAUUUUGAAUGAAAAUCACAAUGUUAUUAUUAUUAUUGACCAUCAUCA